AUGAAGCUUUCUGCCAUUAGUCCUGUGGCAUUGGGUCUUGCUGCCGCUGCACAGGCAUCUUCUAUUGACUACGCUGCUGUUACUGGGUACUUCCUGCAGGAUGAGAACUCUACGGACCCGUCCACUUUUGACUAUACGGCUGAAAAUUUUGGACUCAUCAAUCGCACAUACGACACAGAUAAGGAGUCCCGCAGAUACAGCAAGUUGACCCAAUGGGAACGAUUCUAUGACCAGGUCGUUCAGCUGAACCGAAGAUCGCCGGAAAACGUCGAAUACAAGGUUCUCUUCUUGGGUCGUCAUGGUCAAGGCUGGCAUAAUGCUGCUCAGGAUUACUAUGGCACACCGGCCUGGAACUGCUAUUGGUCUUUGCUUGAUGGAAAUGGCACAUCAACCUGGUCUGAUGCCGAACUGACAGCGAAUGGCAUUGCCCAGGCGCAGACCGCGCAUGACUUCUGGCAAAAGGAAAUAGACGAGCAACGGAUCCAUGCACCGGAUAGCUACUUUGUCAGCCCAUUGACUCGCACACUACAAACAGCCAACGUCACCUUUUCCGGUCUGCAGCUUCCUGCUGGUAGCACCCCCUUCAAGCCAUUGAUCAAGGAGUUGUUCCGCGAGAGCAUCAGCAUCCACACAUGCGAUCAUCGUCGCAACCGCACGUACAUCCACAACCUGUUCCCUGAAUGGCCCAUUGAGCAGGGCUUUGCUGAGACGGACCAGCUCUGGAACGGAGUGACGGGGGAGACCAAUGAUGCGCAGGAUAUCCGCAGCAAGACAGCGCUUGACUCUGUCUUCUCCAGCAAGGACAGUGGUCUUUUUGUGUCUGUCACCAGCCACUCGGGCGAGAUUUCAUCCAUUCUCCGGGUGCUUGGUCACCGUAAGUUCUCACUUAACACCGGUGCAGUCAUCCCCGUGCUCGUCAAGGCGGAGACAAGCUCAGAGGCUGAAAAACCGACAUCGGCCUCGUGGACUGUUUCUGCUCACUGCACUUCACCGCCGAUUACAUCUGUCUCGUCAUGUGUGUGCGCCUCGACUGCUGCUCCAGUGACGACGCCGCUGGUAUGA